GAGCAAGAAGAAGAAGAAGAAAGAUACAUUGUUGACUAGUAGAGAUACAUUGAUAGUCUGACUUUGUCUUCAAAAUGAAACUAGUAAUAAAGAAAUACAGUAUCUCGGAAGCUUGAUAGAAAGAGAAAGGAAAUUUUGAUGAAUUGAAGUGAAUGACAUCACGUUGUCUUGGUGAAUACUUAGUCAAAAGUCCAAUGUGGAGGGAGGGAGGUUUAAAUCAACUCUCUCCCUCCUUCCUCUUUUUAUUAUAACCUCCAAAAUUCCUUUCUCAUCAUUCAAACACAAACUAUCUAUCUCUCUGUCUCUCUUCUAAGAAGCAACUAUAAUGUCUGACUUGUCCGCCACCGGUGAUAAUCUGAGUCAAUCCACAGCCGUUGAUAUAACCGGCAAGGUCAUGGUUGUUAUCAUCGUUAUUCUCUUCAUGUUUGUUGUUAUUUUUCUUUUCUUCCAUCUUUUUGCAAAGGGAUUCUGGUGGUCCCAUAAUAGUCAGGCAGACAACAAUUCCCAAUCCCGACGCCGCCGCCGCCAUGGUCAACAGGGUGCCGUUCUUGGAGAAGGAGGUCUUGAUCCUUUGAUACUCAACUCCCUGCCGGUAUCGGUAUUCAAUUCGGAAAAAGAUGGUUUGGAUUUGGAGUGUUCAGUUUGUCUAUCUGAACUAGUUGAAGGAGAAAAAGUGAGGGUUUUGCCUAAAUGCAAUCACAGGUUUCAUAUAGAUUGCAUCGAUAUGUGGUUCCAAUCUCAUUCAACCUGCCCUCUUUGCAGAACAACACUAGCCGCCUCUCCUUCCUCUUCCCUAGUAGUUGAAAUACAACCAUCCUCUGCUGCUGCUUUUCCCACAAAUGUUUUGAUAUGGGGAAACCACGACCAAACUAUCUCUUCUACUUCGGAACAAAACAAUUGUUCUUCUUCUUCCUCUUCAUCCGAGGGAACAAGUGAGGAUGGAAUGUUGAGGAUUGAUAUACCCAAUCACAAUGAGGCAACUAGUUCAUCAUCAUCUUCAUCCUCGCCCACCGGAGGAGGAGGAGGAGGAAGAUUAAGGUCGUUGAAGAGGCUUUUAAGCAACAGCAGACUAAAUCCAUGGAGUCCAACUGCUGCUGCUGCUACUACAUCUCUACCAAAGGAAUCAGCAGCAGGACACAGCUGAGCUACCUAUACAUAUAUAUAGCGUGAAGCUCUAAUUUUACCAAUUCAUUAUUCUUAUUAUUAUUAUUUUUCAACUGCUUCUGUGUGUAUAUAUACGCCCGCCCCAAUUCAGGCAGCGGCAAUUAAUCCACUUUUUUCUUUAUUUACAAACUUGUUUAUACCACACUUGGAUGAAAUAACUUAUUAAAUCAUUUAAUUCAA